UUUUGUCUCUCCAGAUUUUCCUGGUGAAGAAUGGCUGUGUCAAAUGGCUCUUUGGUGUUGGAAUUCAUUCUCUUGGGGAUUACAGAAGAGCCUAAACUCCAAAUACCCCUCUUCUUACUUUUUCUAAUAAUAUAUGUGGUAACCACAUUAGGAAAUUUGGCCUUGAUAAUUCUAAUUGCACUGAAUUCUCACCUUCACACCCCCAUGUACUUUUUUCUCUUUAACUUGUCCCUUAUAGACCUCUGUUAUUCCUCAGUGAUUACACCCAAAAUGCUUAUGAACUUCAUACUAAAGAAGAAUGUUAUCUCUUAUAUGGGGUGCAUGACCCAGCUCUACUUCUUUUGCUUUUUUGCCAUAUCUGAAUAUUAUACACUAACAUCAAUGGCCUAUGAUCGCUAUGUGGCUAUCUGUAAUCCACUCUCAUAUACCAUCGCUAUGUCCCCUAAGGUGUGCUCCUAUCUUAUGCUUGGUUCAUAUUUGAUGGGACUUUUGGGUGCCACGAUCCACACUGGUUGCAUGCUUCGACUGACCUUCUGUGACGGUAACACCAUCAAUCACUAUUUCUGUGACCUCCUACCUUUACUGCAGCUCUCCUGUACCAGCACUUAUGUCAAUGAAAUAGAACUGUUCAUUGUAGCAGUAAAAGAUAUUAUUGUUCCAACUGCCAUCAUUCUUACUUCUUAUGGCUUCAUUCUUCGCAGCAUAUUCCAAGUGAGGUCCACAGAGAGCAGAUACAAAGCCUUCAGUACCUGCAGUUCUCAUAUAUUUGCUGUUUCUCUGUUUUUCGGAUCAAGCACAUUUAUGUAUCUUCAGCCCUCCUCAGCAGGGUCUAUGGAUGAGGGAAAAAUUUCUUCCAUCUUUUAUACUAUUGUGGUUCCCAUGAUGAAUCCUUUAAUCUACAGCUUCAGGAACAAAGAUGUUAAAGAUGCCCUGAGAAAAACCCUAAGUAGGAGAAUGUAUUGA